CAAAGCUGAACUCAACAAGUUUCCACUCUCUUUCCAUGGCGACACUCUCUCACUCUUCACUCCACCGAAUAUAUUCUCUCUCUACAUCUUCAUCCCUACCAUCUCCAUCAUAUUCAUUUCGUUUCUCUCUCUUCUCCAUCACCUCUCUUCCCACCCAAAUCCCACCAAACCCAAAGGUCCCCAUCUUGUCCUUUGCUUCUUCUUCUUCUUCAUCUGAACUCCAACUCAUCCAACCCACCACUAAGCUUUUACUCCAUCCCAUUUUGCUCUUCACUGGAUUUGACAGACCUUUGGACACCCAGACUUUUAUUGUCACUAUUAGUGUCUUGGCCGCUAUUGCUUUCUCACUGUUUCUUGGACUAAAGGGUGAUCCUGUUCCUUGUGAAAGGUGCGCUGGCAAUGGUAAUUUCAUUUUCUUUCCUUGUUCAUACACAAAUAUGUACUUGGAUUUUGGUGGAUUUUGGGGUAUUUUUGAGGAGUCUGGCGACCGGAAAAGUGCAGCUCUUAUAUAGACUUUCUUUUUGAUAAACGGUGAAAGACGAAAUGGGUGUCGGCCAGUUAAGUUUGUUCAGUGUUUAUGGUGAUCUCUCACUCUUUGUUUGGGUAAAAAAUGUAUUUCAUGCACACAUCUCUAGUUUGAAGGACCAUGAACGAAAUUAGCUUUAGUUUUGCUUUGAACACUUAUACAUUUGUCAUUGUGAUGGUGGUAGAACACAGAUAUUAAAUCACAGCAGCGAAUACAUGGUAUUGGUUACCAUGGCAUCUUCCUUUCAACUCCUAAACCACUAGAAAAAGCCUUUUUUGCCUUUAUUUUGGCAUGCUAUAAUAUCAUGUUUGUUUGCUAUUCUGGAGUGCAUAAAUGCUCAAAAUACAAUGGCAAAUAGUGUGGAGAUUUUUUGUUGAAGUUUUCAUAAAUCUAAUAUGACACUAUUGCUUGAACAUUUACCAUUGUGAUUUCAGCAAUUGUGGGAUUUAAAAAAUCACACCACAAAUGUUGAGAUCACAAGGGUAGAUGGAUGAGAAUUAAUGAUGACAUAUUAUAUAUUUUCAGCACCUUAAAAUAUUCCAUGAAGUUAUUUAUUAUUAUGUUAAGGGUGCCACUGUGAUUUUAACUUUUGUGGCAUUGUGCGCUCAUUGGGGUCGCAACCCCCCCAAAUGCUAAAUUUACAGGAUUAGGGUAUCUCUAAAACACUUUUAAAGUACCCAAAAUAAAGCUUUAGGAAGAACUCUUAUAAUCUACAAAGGUGAUUUAAACAUUUGAUUGGCAAAAUAAGAUUGCUCAAAAUCUUGAAACUACAAUGGUCUAUAUGGAUGAAAAUUGAGUAAAUGUUAGAUUUAUGCAUCACCAAGUUUGUUAUUGUUUUUUUUUUUUUGGUCAAACCAAGUUUGUUGUUACAAUUUCAUCACUUAUGGGUCUAGAGAUUCCCACGAAUAGUUAAGUAUUGAAACUACAGUGGAGAGUUUGAAAAGACCGCGAUGAAACAACUAUCCAAUAUAGCUAUUGCCGCUUUUACAUUAACCUUUGCAAUUUUAACGCAUGUGGGAUUUGACUUGGUCUCACAAAUUGGGCGACCACAAUGCCAAAUGAAUGGAGAAUGAUGGUCAUACUACAUUUAUUUCAAGCCAUCCAAGUGUAAAUGCAUUUGCAUUUCAUCAGAUUUAGGUGAUCCUGAAAGCAUUGACAUAGGUGGAUCCAAUCAAUUUAAGUUUUGUAUUUGUAGAAUAUAAUUUGAUUUGAUUGAUCAAGGCCAUCUAUCUUUGGCGUUUUAGGUGGUGAGGUGUACUUGGUGUCAAGAUCAAAUAGGAGUGCAAUUUUUUCUCAUUUGGUGAAGUUUAACAAUUCUGUCUUCUUUACUUCGGUUCAUAACAAUACAUCUGGGGCUAAGAAUUUAGUGGAGGCCUUGCAUUAUCGAUCGAAUUGUCCCAGUUCGAGAUGAGAUUGCAUUUGCCUAUGAUUGAAUGAGAUUGGAGCUUGGUGUAUAGUUGAAAUUGAAAAACAAUUAGUUAUGAUUUAGAAGAAAGAGAAGAAAAGAGAGAUAGGGGAAUAAUGUAAUAAGAUUUGUAUGUUAGGUGUGUACACCUUACCACUUAUUUACAUUAGUUUUGAUGUUCACAAUAGGAAAGAACAUAUUAGGAAGGUAAACAAUUGGGAGACUCUAAAUAGGAAAUCUAACAAUUCCAACACAUGCCGUCAAUCUUGAGCAUAUAGAUAAAAAAUGCCUAGCUUAAAAUAAAAACUACUAAAGGCGAAUCAUGCCCAUGGUAUAGUAAGAGUAUCACCAAGUUGGUCAUCAAUUUUGACUUAAGGAGUGAUAAUCUCCUUUCUCAUGAAGAGAUCCUGAAUGAAACGACAAUCAACUUCGAUGUGUUUGGUUCACUCAUGAAACACAAGAUUAUUGGCAAGUAGAAAAUGUCAUAAUGCAUCUACAUAGAGUACAACAUAUCAACUCCCAUUUUUCAAAGUAGAAAAUGAACCCAUAAAAUCUCACAUGCAGUAGAGCCCUGACUCAGUAUUCAAGUUCUUUCUUACUGCACCAAGUAACAAGAUUAUCGCCGCAAAUGUACAAUAGCCAGAAGUAGAAAAUUCAAUAACACAUAAGGUGGUUGACGGUUGAUAUAACAAUCCUCGACCUAAAGCUCCUUUCAAAUAUUGAAGAAUACAACAAAAAAUUUCUCAAUGGGGUUUAUGAGGAGUAUGCAUAAACUGACUAACAACACCAACAACAUAAGUAAUGUCAGAACGUGUCACAGUUAGAUAGAUAAGUUUUCCAACCAACCGUCAAUAAUGCCUUGUUUCUUCAAAGACAUCUUCCUUGUUAGCAUAGUUAUCAAAUCGUGUAUCAGAAGGUGUAUUAUUUUUUAAAAAUAGUGUAUUGUAUCGU